AUGACGAGUGAUGUUUCCGAUGUUCCGGAUGACGCAGAAGCCGUCAGUACCCCCAGCUCGGCGUCUACAGGAGAGGUUUUGCUGCGAUUGAAUGGAGGACCGCACGGCAUCCACGGCAGCGACAGUAGCGACGUGGAGGUCUCUGAGCCAACCAAGUGGACAUCCGAUGGCGAGGCUAUUGCGGCUAUUGCCAGCACUCAUGCCACCAGUGCGCAUGAGCAGUCUGAUCCGCACGCUGAAGGGACUUGCAGGCCUUGUGUUUUCUUUCUUUCGCGUUACGGCUGUACUCGAGGCAAGGUGUGCCAAUAUUGCCACCGCCAUGAUGAUCAUGAGAGGCGAUUACCACACCGACCUCGCAAGCAGACGCGUGACAAGGUUCGGCGUCUUCUUACAGAAGCACUGGCAAGGUGCAACGGAAGACCCGAAACAAUGCAGGAUGAGCUGCAACAGAUAGCGUCUGAUUCCGUGUAUGCUCGAAACCUUCUGGCAGGCAGCCUGGAUCGUAUGAGGCAUGCGCGGCCACGGCAGAGGUCAUACGACACCCUGUUCUUGUGA